AUGGAUGAUGAAAAUGCUGGUACACUGGAUCAAUGGUUUGAUUCAACAUUUAUGGUUCUUAAUGAAUCUUAUCAACUCGAUUUAAGUCGAGUUUUAUCACCAGAUACAUGCGAGUUAGUCUAUGCGCUAAGUGAUUAUUAUAUGUAUGAUAAUAUUGGCCUAUUUAUUCAUUUACUUGGCUUAACUUCACACUAUCUUACAUCCACAUCGUUUGUCUAUGCUGACAAUCAACUCAAACAUAAACUCAAUCUUCAUCUACUCAUAGUCGUACGAGCAGGAUAUGAAAGAUCAUCACUGGUUGAGCAUCUAAAACAAGCAAUGAGUAAUGUACAAAGCCUACGUCAAACCGGUCAACAAUAUGAUAUUCGACAUACAUUUAAUUCAAAUGUAUUUUGUCGAUCAGAUGAAUCGACAAUAUCAUCUGGUCUCUGCCUAUCAGAUCGAUUUGAUGAACACGGAACGUAUACACAUAUUCAAAAGCAAAAUUCUUUUUCAAUUAUUGGUACAAGUACUGAACAGUAUCUUCGAAAAUUGCUUGAAGCAAAAAUCAAUAGCAAUAAUAAUAAUAAUGUUCAUAAUCAUAUAAAUAAUACAGAUUGGUUGAUGAUGUUUAUUGCAAGUAAAGCCCGUUUAUUUUGUCGCCGACCAAAAUUAUUUGAUCCUAAUCGGUAUCCAUCACUCGAACAAUGGAUAAUAGUUCUCAAUUGUCAUUGCUUAAAUUUAAUGGACUUUUAUUUUGAUGAGCCACAAGCAAAUCAAUUCAUGUGUGAUUAUCUUGAUGCGCUUUCUGUGAAAGCUACAUCUCUUGAAGAUAGUCAUCCUUGGAUGUCUGCAAGGUAUUUAGCAGCACGUGAACAUGCCUUACGCGUAUCAGCAUCAUUACGUAUAGUAGAGUUAACUGUCGAAACUCUAAUUGUUUAUAGACGAACAUUUCAUACAUUUGGCCAAGUCGAUAAAGUAUUUUUUGACAAUUGUACUCAUAUUAUUGAACAAACGAGAGGCACUACAGCAACGACACGAGUAAAUAUAAAUGUUGGUAUUGUUCAAUCAGCUAUUUAUUUUGUUAAUGCAAGUAUAAAACAAUUUGAAAUUAUUUUUGAGCCAACAUUAAAUAGCGGAACACCGAAUCCAGAAACGUCAUCGUUGAUAAAUCAAGGGUCGAUUUCGGAUCGUUCAUGGAUAACGCGUUCUUCGUCAUCAUUUCCGCCGAGAUCAACAUCACCAUCAUCAAAACGUUUAAAAACUUUUGCUGAUCCAUCCUAUGUUAAAUCCUUAGAACUUGCUCAUGAACUUUUACUUUUACCUUAUGCAGCUUUCACGCGCACAUCUGUCUAUGCUAAUUCAAAAUUAAAACGUAAUGCUGCUUAUCUUGAUUCAGUUAUUGAAGAGUUAAAGAAACAUCGUCUACUUAUUAUGGUAAGACAAGGUGUACAAAUGGUUGAUGGGACACGAAGGCGUGUUGACCUACUUGUUAAAUGUGCUCCAAUGUUCAAAGAAGAUGAAAAUAAUAAUAAUAAUAAUAAUAAUAAUAAUAAUAAUAAUAAUAAUAAUGAUGAUGAUAAUGAUAAAAAUGAUGAUGAUCUUAUUGAACGUUUAGGACGUUUUGGUGUUGAAUAUGAUCGUUACAUUCAAACAUUAGGUACACUUGAUAUCGGGGAAAAAUAUCGUUUAUCCGAACAAUGUUUUGAAUUGUUAAAUUCACCUGACUACAAACGAUAUUUGACAAUUGAUAUUGAACGAAUAGCACCAUUACAUCGUUUCCAACAACAACGACAACCACAUCAGCAGCAGCAGCAGCAGCAGCAGCAAGAACACCGUCAACAUUCGAUUCAACAAGAAGAAACAAGUGAUUUAUGGGCAUCAUCAUCGUCAUUAUCUAAUAUUAAACUUGAACCUGCUGAUUUUUACGCAUAA